AUGCCCCUGCUGCCCAGCACCGUGGGCCUGGCAGGCCUGCUCUUCUGGGCAGUCCAAACAGUGAAUGCCUUGAAGAUGCCCUAUGCUUCCCUCACCCUGACCCGGCCUGAGAACACAGUUGGGCGGCCCCUGCGUGGCCUGGGGGUGCCCCGGUACCACCAGAAACGCCACAUCUCUGCCCGGGACAUGAGUGCCUUAUUGGAUCAUCACAACCACGUCCGGGCCAGCAUGUACCCACCUGCCACCAACUUGGAGUACAUGGUCCGGGAUGAGCAGCUAGCCAGGUCUGCCAAGGCCUGGCCCACCCAGUGCACCUGGGCCCAUGGGCCCUCACAGCUGAUGAGAUAUGUGGGCCAGAACCCCUCCAUCCAUUCUGGCUGGUACCACUCACUGGUAGAUCUGGUGAGGUCUUGGUCUGGGAAGCAGCAUGACCUCAUCAUUACCCGGAAGGACUGUAACCUCCACUGUCCCUGGUGCAACAGCGGCUCUGUUCACUCCCACUACACCCAGGUACUCAAGCUGUCACCCUGGAUAGAGUGCUGUGGCAUCACAGCUCACAGCAGUUGA